ACAACAUCCCUCUUUAUAUUUGUAUAUCCUUGUCUGACUUACUCGAGCUGCUGGCAGAAACAACCUGACAACGUCAUACCAAAUAGCCCCCAAGGCAAAGCAAGGCAACCUGGGAAUAAGCCAUGGCCAACAAAAAACAAAAACACAAAAACAAGCGAAAAGUUGCCAAAGUAACCAUUUGUGGCCAACAGAUAGGGCAGCACAAUAACAACAACAAUACGAUACUAAAGUUAGUUAAUUUCUUUGACAUGACAACCAGGAAAACACAAGAAAACCAAAACUUCAGAGAAGGAGUUUCCAAUAACGCUCCUUCAUAACAGAGCCAGUUUAAUUGUUUGCCACAAGGAGUUGCAGGUGAAAGAAAAAGUUUCUCCUCUAAGAUUUCUCAAACUUCAAAAUUGUUUUGAUUUAUUUUCGAAAUCAAGAAAGUAUUUCCUAAACAUGUCAAAAGACGAAGAAAUUCGAAAUAUACAAACGCGACGUCGCAAUAUACUAUUUCUGGUGCAACGCUAUCUCUCCGAUAAUGGUCUUUACAAUACGGCUGCCGCAUUGGCCUCUGAGGCCCGCUUGAGUGAGGAAUUCGAAUUGUGUGACAAUGUAGACUUGGAUGGCAUAUAUUUGGAAUAUGCCAGCUAUUAUCAACUGAAAUUUGGCAAAUAUCCCAAGAUUUUGAAGAAGGCCAAGCCCCUGGUAAAACUUGAGGUCUCAGCCCAAAAGGGAAAGGCUAACAAGAAACAAUCCAAAUCUCAAACUAACCCAACAGUUAAUCAUCAAAAUGAAUUACAGCCCCAGUUGUUUAAGGCAAAUGUUCAAGAAAUGCCCUCUGCCACCAAGGCUUUACUGGACAUGAAUAAUCUGCAGGUGACGGUAAGGAAAAUGGAAACCAAUUGUCAUCAAGCGGAAACGGAUACUUUGGAGCAAAGACGAUCCGGUGAAAUGUUAAAACGUUUGCAAGAAGUUCAACAUGGUACACAGGGUGUUGCAGGCGGUGAUAUGCUGCUGAGUUCCCAAGAAUGGCAAAAUCUGGCCGAUUUGGUCAAAUCCACCAUAUUGAGUGAGGAGCUCAAACUAAGAUGGUCCGAUAUAUGUGGCAAUACUCAGGCCAUAGACAUCAUCAAAGAGGCUGUUCUCACUCCCCUAAAAUAUCCCCAGUUAUUCAAUCAAGGCCUUAAACCCUGGCGUUCUGUGCUGCUACAUGGCCCUCCAGGCAGUGGCAAAACUCUGUUGGCCAAGGUUCUGUAUGCCGAGACCAGGGACAAGGUUACCUUCUUUAACAUAACCUCCAGUGUGGUGAUUUCCAAAUGGCGUGGCGAAUCUGAGAAGCUUUUGAAAAUCCUGUUUUUCUUAGCCCAACGUCAUGCACCCUCCAUUAUCUUUCUGGAUGAAAUUGAGGGUCUCACCUCCAAACGUGAUCGCUCCAAUGAUCAUGAAUCCUCUAAACGCUUUAAAAAUGAACUUUUACAGCUAAUGGAUGGCAUGGAACAAUCGCAGGGUGGUGUUUUCAUUUUGGCCAGCACCAAUUUACCCUGGGAAAUAGAUGAGGCCUUUUUGCGGCGUUUCGAAAAGAAACUACUCGUCCAAUUGCCCAAUGAUGCAGAACGGGCGACAUUGAUUGGGAAAUUAUUGCCGCCCAAUGUGCGGCUGACAACGGAGCAAAUGACGUCACUGGUGAAAUUGUCAUUCAAUUUCACGGGCGAUGAAAUUCGUUUGGCCUGCAAAGAGAUUGCCAUGCAGACGGUGCGUAGGAUAACAAAGGCAACGCUCAAAGGUGAGAAGGCCAACUCGGAGGAGAUACCAGUGGAGAAUGCUUUUAGACAAAUUAAACCUUUGAGUUUAUUGCUGAUGGAGAAGCAUGGCAAAUGGCAAAAGGAACAUGGCUCAUAAACUAGAGAAACACACAAAAACAAAAAAAAAAAAACAACAUGGGACAAAAAAUGUAAGGAACAAACAACAAAAAAAGGCAACAAAAUGGAAUUCCUGUUUGAGGCAGCAAAAUGUUGAGAGCAAGAAAAUCCAAUAAAAUAAGAAUUUUAAAAUGAA